AUGGAUAUUGAGUCGUCAACGCAAGCUAACGAACGUGGAGUUUGUGGUCGUUGGUGGGGUUACCUCAAGUCCUUGCCUGAGAAAUCCAAAUCCAAGUUUUUGAACGUCGCGAGCAACAUAAAGAAGACUGCGCAAGCUGACCCCAGGCGAGUAAUUCACUCGUUAAAAAUGGGCAUGGCUCUCACAUUAGUUUCCUUGUUAUACUACAUCAGGUCCCUUUACGAUGAGUUUGGAGUUGCUGGAAUUUGGGCCGUCCUCACUGUGGUCGUCGUAUUUGAAUUCACCGUAGGUGCCACUCUCAGCAAAGGUAUGAACAGAGGAUUUGCUACCCUAUUGGCCGGUGCUUUAGGGGUCGGAGGUCAACACUUGGCUACUUGUUCUGGCGAAAGCGGAAAACCUUUUGUCCUUGGGACCCUCGUUUUCAUUCUUGCCGCAGGGUCAACGUUUUCCAGAUUCUUUCCUAAGAUCAAGGCAAAAUAUGAUUACGGGGUGUUGAUAUUUAUAUUGACAUUCAGUUUGGUCGCUGUGUCGGGCCAAAGGGUUGAAAAUAUUUUCGAGCUUGCGUAUCAAAGACUCUUAACAAUUUUAAUUGGGGGAGCAACUUGCAUGCUCAUCUCCUUAUUCGUUUUUCCAGUGUGGGCAGGCAAAGACCUUCACAAUUUGAUUGCUUCCAACUUAGAAAAGCUUGCCAAUUUCCUCCAGGGAUUUGAAUGUGUGUAUUUUGAAUGCUCCGAGGGUAAAGAGAAUCCCGAUAAGUCAGUUCUUCAGGGAUAUAGAAGCGUCCUUAAUUCCAAAGCAAGCGAAGAGUCAUUGGCAAAUUUCGCGUGGUGGGAACCAGGACAUGGCCGCUUUCGCCUUUGUCAUCCUUGGAAACAAUAUGUUAAGAUCGGGGCGCUUGCUCGAGAAUGUGCUUGCAAGAUUGAAUCUCUCGAUCGUUACCUUAACCCUGAAAUCCAAGUUUCUUUGGAAUUCAAAGGUAGUGUUCAAGAAUCGUGCAUGAAGUUAUGCUCGGAAGCCAGCAAGGCACUGAAAGCAUUAUCGUCAUCCAUCCAAACAAUGACAGACCCAUGCGAUGCAAAGCCUCAUCUGGAGAACUCUAAAGACGCAAUCAGGGAUCUGAAAAUUGCACUGGAAACCACUUCGUUGGAAGAUGAGGAGCUCAUAACUAUUAUACCAGUGGCCACAGUCGCAUCCAUACUAAUAGAAAUCACCAAGUGCGUGGAGAAAAUCCAUGACUCUGUUUCCGAGCUUUCUCAUUUAGCCCAUUUCAGGACUAUAAAACCCGAUUUCUCGGUCUCAGCGGAGAAGCCACACCUUCUUCAUCGAGGAAUCAUAAAACCUGUUGGGGAAACUGGCGGCGCCGGCCAUGUGGAAAUUACCAUAGAAGAGCCAAAGGAAGCUCAGCCGACUGCAUGUAAAUAA